CCUGACCAGGGACCUUUAGAACCGCCCCUGAUACAAGGGGCCAGGGCAGGGAACCCAAGAGAGUGAUGGAUCCCUGUUAUCCCGGGGUCUUCUUUGCGGAGACUCCAGGCGUAGUCCAUGGGUGGGGUUUCGAGGCAGCACCCCAGCGAAAGGGGACUGAGGACCCACAGGGACUGCAGGAGGUGCAAUGGGCCCUCCAAAGACAGUUGGGCCAGCUGAUAGAGGAACAGCGGGCCCUGGUGAAGUUCCUCAGGACAGAGUUCCAGAGGCGUGGAGACAGAUUGGGUAGGCGCAGGGCCGGGACCAGGAGGCCCACGGCUGAGCGCCGGACAUGUUAUGCCUGUGCAAGGCGAGGACACAUAAAGAGGGACUGUCCCUACUGGGCUGGGAGCAGGAUGCCUCACCCAGAGAAGGGGCAGCGGCAGGUCCCUCGGGCAGCCUGCCGGGUGAGGGAACCCAGGCAGCUGCCAGCGUGCUGGACGUGUGGGCAGACGGGCCAUUUUUGGAGGGACUGCCCAGGCCCAGAGAGGGACAGUGAGAAGAAGCAGGGGGCCCGGGCAAUACCGAGGCGGGGAGCCUGUUGGCAUUGCCGGGAGCGGGGCCACCAGAAGAAAGACUGCCCCCUAGUGGGGAGGGCAACACAGCUGGAGGCAGUCGAGAGAGUGGCUGACCGGCCAGUGGGCCACCCAGGAGAGGUGGUGAAGACCGCAGCUGGGAUGGUGGGGACCCUGCGAGAGGGUCAGACCCAGACCAUCACCAGGGAGGUCAUUAACAAGGAGACCCAGACAGAGUGGGGCCCGCAAGAGGCGGGAGUCCAGAAGAGACAGGUCCUAGAAACCAAAUGGACCCAGGUGGUUAUGGGACAGGCCACCAAGGGAACCCAGACCCUGAGGGAAGAGGGCCUGGGGGACUCGGAUCUACAGGUGCAGCUAGACGCCACAGAGCAGGCAUGGAAGACGGCCGUAGCAGAGCUCCGAAAAGUCCGCCAGGAGAAGGAAGCCCUGGCCGGCAAAUUAAAAGACAGUGAGGAGAAGCAGGCACGGCUGGCAGGACACCUCUGGGCCGCACAGGCCAGAAGGCCCCAUGAUCCCCAGGGGUGGGGGUUUUAA